ACGGCCCUUUUUAAUUUUACUUUUGUUCAAGCUUCUUGUUGACCCUAGGGUUGAAGCAGCAGAUAACGCCACCACUCUAUUCUCUCUCUUGCAAGCCCCUAACUCUCACUUCAUCAUGUCUCAAUCUUCUCAUUUUUUUUCUCUUACGAUUCUUGUUUUUCUUCUAAAAUUUUCUAAUUUUCUUCAACAAUGGGAGCUUCGUUGCCUCCGAAGGAAGCUAACCUCUUCAAACUCAUUGUCAAAUCAUAUGAAACUAAACAGUACAAGAAGGGACUGAAGGCUGCAGAUGCAAUACUGAAAAAGUUUCCUGACCAUGGAGAAACAUUGUCAAUGAAGGGGUUAACCUUAAAUUGCAUGGAUCGGAAAACUGAAGCUUAUGAGCUUGUUCGGCUAGUUGUAAAGAAUGAUGUAAAAAGUCAUGUUUGCUGGCACGUUUAUGGUCUCUAUCGGUCAGAUAGAGAAUACAGGGAGGCUAUCAAAUGCUAUCGCAAUGCUUUGAGAAUAGAUCCAGACAACAUUGAAAUACUACGGGACUUGUCACUCUUGCAGGCACAAAUGCGAGAUUUGACAGUGGUGCAAAAGCAAUUGAAAUUUUGGAAGCAUUUGAAGGGACAUUAGAAGAUGAUUAUCCACCAGAUAAUGAACGUUGUGAGCAUGGUGAAAUGCUUUUAUAUUAGAUCUCUUUGCUAGAGGAAUCUGGGUUUCUUGAGAGAGCACUUGAGGAAUUGUAUAAGAAAGAGCCAAAAAUAGUUGAUAAAUUGACUUACAAAGAACAAAAGGUUUCUCUCCUGGUGAAACUUGGAUGCCUAGAAGAAGGUGCCAAUAUUUACAAGGCUUUACUUUCCAUGAACCCUGACAAUUACAGGUGAGUCUUAUGCAUUUGGUACUCUUUUGAAACACCUAGUUAAGCUCAUUAAUAAAUCUUUCAUAGCAAAGAAUAUUAGUCAACUCUUUCCUUUUAUAUAGCACUUCUUGAAGUUAUAAUUGACUUCUUUUUCUCAAAGCCGUGGUGUAUUAUUAUUGUAGGAAAUGAAGAAUAAUUAAUAUUCUGAAUAGUUUGUGUGUUUAAAUAUAUUUUUUUUGGGCUAAUAGGUUUUUCAAUUCUUCUUGUAGUAACACCCAAAUUCCUUUACCUAUGUUAGAACUUUAUGAAGGGUUAAAAGAAUGGUAGAAAUAGUCAUUAUUUUUUAUGUUCUAUUUUCAUUGGUGCUUUAAGCUUGAAACUAAUCAGUGUGUAUCCCUUAUGUCACAAAUUCAAUCGUUUUUUAGUUUUAAAUUUUGUUUCUUUAAGCUUUUGCUUAUACUUGUGCAUGUUACAUUUACAUCAUGGUAUCUUUAGAUAAAAUGAGGUUAUUUUUAUUUUUUUCAUUCUUGGGAUUGUUUUAUAUCUCUCUGUCCUGUCAAGCCCUUUGUUUAGCUCUUUUAGUAAAAAGAAGCAUUAUGCACCACCUCAUAUAUAAAUAUAAUUAAAAAGCAGCAAAGCAACUAUGAGCAGAACUGUAAUUCUAUACUACUAUAUGUGUCAACAGUCUCUUGGGUGCUUUCUCAGAUUGGGAAAUGAGGAAAAUUCUUUUACAGAACUGUUAAAUUAUGUCUCUUCACUCCGUAUAUGCCUAUAUAUCGGUGCAAUUUAUUGCUAUUGAUGAAGUUGUUUGAGAAUGCAUUAGGAGAAUGUUACUACAAAAGAAAUUCGUGGGUUGUGGUUUCUUCGUUCAUGAGUGUGCCUAGUUGUCAUCUGUUUGUGUCUUUGAAGCUAUAUGGGCUAUGUGCUCCAAGCAUACCUUGCAGGAUAGAAGGAAUUAAAGUUUCAAAAUUUCUAUGUCUGUGUGUUUGUUGGUUUUAUUCUGCAAGUUGGCUUCUAGAUUUCAUUCCCAUAGCUUCUGGUUAAUGUCUAAUUUUUUGUUGUAGUGCUUUUGACUUGCUGGAGUUUAAUCUGAACUUCAAUUAAUAUUUGAUCUCUUAUGCUUUAACAUUCCAUUUAAAUUUUAGUUUUAUCUUUUGUGUACAGAUUGUAGUUUUGUAAACUUUUCUUAAUUGUGGUUGCAUUUAGUAGUCUAUACGGAAAUUAGUUGAUCGUGUACUCUGAACACGAUUUGCUAGAGAGAGGAAUUAGAGAUUGUAUAGCAGUGUACUCCAAAUUUGUAUGGUUGAGUUUUUUAAUUUUUAUUUUUUUAUUUUGCUAGUUCAACUCUGUUGCAUGACAAAUUGUAAUCUUAGGUUUAAUUUCAAAAACUUAAUCCAGCCUAGCACUGAAGAUGAGUGCUUACAAUGAAGAGUACCUCUUUCUUCUUGUGUUGUGUUUUGAUUCUUCUUGUUUUGCUGAUUUCACUUUAUUUUGUUGCAUGACGGAUUACUUUCUUAAGAUUAAUUUCAUAAAUUUAAAUCUAGUUAAGCACUGAGAUGGAAGAUUGCCUCUUUCUUAUUGGAUUCUUUGAAAAUCUAUGAUCUUGCAUAGAAUUUUUGUUGUAUUGUAUGGUAACUUUCGAUGAUAACUGUACUUGUUCUAGUACAUUUCAGAUCAUGAAGAGUUUGAUUAAAGUUGCUAAAAUUCUAUGUUUCUGAUUAUAAUAUAGACUUUUUUUUCUUAAGGAACACUGUUAUUAUUGGAAGCACCCUGACUUAUGAUGUGGUUGGUGGCUGUUGUUUUUUAACGUUGGUAUAUAAUUGUUGUAUAUUUAUGUUGAGAUGCAAACUACCUCUUAUCUUUGGCCUUUAUUAUAGUCUUUUCUUGUUAAGGUUUUGUUGCUUUGGUUUUAAUUUCUCUUUAGGUUCUUAAAGGCCUUCUACUUUCGUAUCUUUGGGGUUUCAAGUUAAAACAUUUAUAAUGUUUGAUUUGUGAGCAAUGGAUGUGAUUAGGUUUAUUUUGCAGGCAGUCUUUGCCUUGAAUCUUUUUGCUUUAGGAUUAGUUCAUUAUGGUCUUAAAUCAUGAAGUUCAAGUUUGAUUCUUUAUUUCUAAAAUAGCAUUGUUCGCUAUAUAUGUGGCAUGUUGCUUGUGUUUAACUUAAAUGCAGAUCACCCUAUUAUUAAACUUUAUUGAAUGGGAUUUUGACUUCAUUAAAAAUGGAAGGUGUUAUGUGUAUGUAUACUAAUUAGAUAUCUAAUUAAGAUCUUGUAUUUUAUCUUGAAAUUUAUUUUUAUUUA